CACCCAGCAGCGACACCUGACACCUCAGGUGCGUCGCCUCUAGCCCCACCCUCCCCAGUGGCAGUACGUCGGCAGACCCACCUGAGUGAUCCGAGGCACAACCGAGCAGGACUAAACGCUCGGCCAGGAACGGCACCUGUCGGAUCAAAUGAAGCAACCGGCCUAACAUUGCCAACGGCUCCGGUAUCUGCUCACAAUGGAGGAGGCGUUCUUUAAAUCGGCGACACGCGCUCGGGACUCCUUCGUGCCGGACGACACCAGUCUGGCUCUGCCGGCCGAGCCCAGCGCGAGGUCCUCGACCAAACUGGAUUCCGCCCGGAGUCUGCGUGUUCAUCAGCAGGUUCAGCUCACGCUGGCGCGGAGGGCGAGGAGGACGGUGUCGAAUGGAGGUGUCCGUUUACAGAAAAACACAGCAAAGAGCUGUGAUGCUACUGAUGGACUUUUACCAAACACGAAGGUGAAUGGAUUCGUCUUCACCAACCGCUCUCUUUCAAGCAGCCAUCUGCAGAGACCGUCCAGGAGGGUGGAAGUGUCUCCACCACCAAGCCCAGGAUUGUCUGGCAGUCGCUUCGAUUAUAGUACCCACCGUUUUGGGAUGUACACCGUCCCAGGACCCAGUCAGUCACACAGGAUGGGCACUCUGCUGCACCACUCAUAUGGGCCCGAUUCAUUUCCGCGCUAUGCCCUCUCAGAGGCAGCUUGUGGCACGCGACCACGCGCAUCCACAUCUGCACACAGGAGCUUCCGCCAGAGGUCACUGAGACAAACAGCAGAGCUACAGCCUGUGUUUGCAAAUGUAGCGUUUCAGCAAAGCGGUGAAUAUGACUCUCACUGGAAUCAUAACCAAACUCUUGCCAAACAGGAGAAGCACCCUAUGCAGGGAAAAAGUGGUGAUAUGAUGCUUGGUGCUAUCCAGACUGAUGAAGGGCUGUCCUGGUUGGAUCGGGUGGGGAGCAAUGGCCAGGGGCUCCGCAGGCAGAAUUCAUACCCGCCCUCGGAUACGAGCAUGGAGGGGGACAGGGACAGGCAGAUGAAAGUGAAAUCUCCCCCUGAGGAGACACAGGCGCAGAAUGUCAUGACACUGAAGGCAGAGAACAAGCCUCCAGAGAUGACGUUAGAGAGGGCCGUGAACCUGUUGACCCAGGAUAAUGAGGAAACGCUGAUCUGUGCGGCCAGCUACAUACAGAAUCAAUGUUUCAAGAGUGACUAUGCUAAAAAGAUGGUAUACUAUCUCAAUGGAAUUGGAAAGCUCCUGCAGCUCCUCCACAGCGACGAUGAGGAGGUCCAGCGUGUCGCCGCUGGGUCGCUGCGUAAUGUCGUUUACCAGAGCAGCGAAAACAAGAUGGAGGUGAAGGAAAGUGAUGGCUUGGCCACCAUUUUGAGUGCACUGAAGAGGAGCCGUGAUGUGGAGACCAGACGACAACUUACUGGUCUUUUGUGGAACCUCUCCUCUCAUGACCUUUUGAAGGAGCGCCUCUCCAGAGAAGCCUUGCCUGUCCUCACCCAGUCAGUCCUCGUGCCCAGUUCCGGCAUUUCUGAAGGCGAUAACCCAAAAGAUGAGCUCCUAGCUGAUGCUGAUGUUUUCCACUAUGCUACGGGCUGCCUGCGAAACCUGAGCUCUGCUGGUCCAGACGGCCGGAAAGCAAUGAGGAGUUGUGAGAAUCUUAUUGACUCUCUGGUCUACUACAUCCGGGGAACCAUAGCUGACUAUAAGACGGAUGACAAGUCCACAGAGAACUGCAUCUGCAUCUUGCACAACCUGUCUUAUCAGAUAGAGGCCGAGCUUCCUAAGACGUACACCCAAGAUCUCAGAGAAGCCCAACAAAACUUGGCUCCCAAGCCAAAAACUGUCACCUGCUUUCCUUAUCGCAGUGCCAAGAUCACGCAGCAUCUGGAGCGACAGAGCCCUCUGCUGGAGGAGAAGGCGAACCCCCAUGGCAUCGAGUGGUUGUGGAGCGCCAUCACAAUCCGCAUGUACCUGUCACUGAUCGCCCGCAGUGUGCGCCACUACACCCAGGAGGCGGCCAUCGGUGCCUUGCAGAACAUCACAGCUGGAAACGAAGCGCAGGCGUCCGAAGCCAUUGCUUUCACCAUUGUUCAGCGGGAAAAUGGUCUUCAGCAUGUCAAGAGGAUGUUACAAGAGGGAGAGAGUGACGUGAAGAGGAUGGCCAUUUCUCUAAUAAGAAACCUCUCACACUACCAGGAACUGCACCCUGACAUUGUGAAGCAGGUGUUGCCAGAGGUGGUGGUGUUGCUGCCCAACAACGACACCGGCACAGACUUACCCACUGAAGCAACAGCUUCUCUGUGUGAUAUCCUGAUUAACCUGAGUCAGAGUGACCCGGAGCACGUUAGAGCCAUCGUCAACCGCGGAGCCCUCCCAAAGAUCAUCAACAUUAGCAGCAAAGACAAUGGUUACGGACCAACCAGAGCUGGUCAGGCUGCAUGUGUCCUGCUGCACACCAUGUGGAAACACACUGAUCUCCAUGGGGCCUACAAGAAGUGUGGGUACAGGAAAGCUGAUUUCAUUAAUGCGAGAACAACAAAGGCUGUGAAGUCUGGACAAAGCUGAGCCAAAGAUCCUUUAUACCAAACUCCAAGCUGAAUUUUUUAACAGUAUCGCCACUUGCUCUGUUUUCCUAUAACGCAGUAUCUGUGUCACAGUUUAGUAAAAGAUACCUCGAUUUUUUUUCCUAAUGCUGCUGACAAAACAUUGGAAACUAUGCCUGCAUUUCCCUUUAAAGUCUCAUGAAGUAGCUUUAAAACUGUAAUUUUCUUCUGUGUUUGGAUGUUUUGCUUUGACUAUCGGUGCGGAUGUUAGUGUUAGGUGGUUUAAGGAUUUUGGUAAACAGGAAAAGAGUGAGGCAUCGUGGUAAAAGAGAGAUAAGUCACAGGACGUUAAACUCAACAACACAAGAACAUCAGAGACGAGCCAUUUUUCAUUUCAUGGGACCUUUAAAGCACUUUUUAGUGUUAACAUUCCUUAUCAGAUGCAUCAGAUACUUCUGCCGGCUGUCUUUGUGCCUCAUUUUCAGAGAAACUGACGGAUGAAUGUAGAAACUUUUCCUGAAAAUGUAACAUCUCUCUAGCAAUGAUAAUUAAUGAAAUUUAAAGUAUUCCUCUAUGUGUGUCUAGUUUUUUUUUCUAUAGCGGUAGCUCGACAGUUAAUGAUAUUGCUUUGUGUUUUUAGGUACUUCAGGUUAUUAUACAAAGAGCCACAAUGAAAAAAUUGAAAUAUUUACACCAAAGAAAUGAAGGAUGAUUAUCAAUCAGCCUUUUUGGCAAAUCAUAAAUCUGUUUAUGUAUGUAUAUAAAUCUAGUUUAAGACAGACUUUAUACUCUAACACACAACAAGCUGAUGUUCUU